AUGAACCUGGCCUCUUCCGUGGGGCGCUCUUUGAAGCACAACAAUCUCUCGUUCUUCCAUUUCCUAUUGAAAUCUCAACUCGAGAGUGGAAACCCAAGCUCGGGAUUAGCUUCUUUCCGCCAACUGCUGCGAUCUGAAGCGAAACCGAAUGACCUGACUUUCUCAUUGGUGAUCAAAUCAAUUGCUUCUUCAGCUUCGUUUUCUUCCAAUCCACUGGGCGCCAAGACAGGGGCCAAUCAGAUCCAAACCCAUCUGGUAAAACUGGGUAUCGAUCGUUUUGUGUAUUUGGGUACUGCUCUUCUCGAUCUGUGCAUGAAACUGGGGUGCAUUGAUCACGCACGGAAGCUGUUUGAUUGUAUGCCUGAUAGGGAUGCUGUGUCAUGGAACGCUUUGAUUUGCGGGUAUUCGAGAAAUGGGUUUGAUUUCGCGGCGCUGGAAAUGUUUGCUGAAAUGCUUAGAGAGGGUUUUCAUCCUAGCUCAACUACUUUGGUCGGUUUGGUUCCAUCAUGUGGCCGCCACGAGUUGCUGUUUCAAGGAAGAUCCGUCCACGGGUUUGGAGUUAAGGCUGGCCUUGAUCUGGAAUCCCAAGUGCAAAACACAGUCACUUCAAUGUAUGCGAAAUCUGGGGAUUUGGCGUCAGCGAAGCUUCUGUUCGAAGAAAUGGAAGAGAGAAGCGUUGUUUCUUGGAACACCAUGAUUGGUGCUUAUGGCCACAAUGGUUCCUUCAACGAAGCAAUGAUUGUCUUCACCAGAAUGAUAAAGCAAAGUGUAGAAGUCAAUUCGGUUACCAUCAUAACUCUUCUCUCUGCAAAUGCCAAUCCACAAGUUAUCCAUUGUCAUGCCUUCAAAACCAGGCUUCUAAAGGAUCAAUCAGUGAUCACCUCGCUGAUUUGUGCUUAUGCUAAGCAUGGCAGCACGAAUUCAGCAGAGCUACUCUACAAAUCCUCGCCACAGAAAAACUUGGUUUCUUUAACUGCAAUCAUUUCAAGCUAUGCUGAAGCUGGAAAUAUGCACAUGGUGAUUGAGUGUUUCAUUCGAAUGCAACAGUUAGACAUGAAACUGGACUCAGUCGCCAUGAUCAGCAUCCUUAAUGGAAUCUCAGACUCGAACCUUGGUCAUGCUUUCCAUUGUUACGGACUAAAGAAUGGCCUGUCCAUCCAUACUCUGGUUGCAAAUGGGUUGAUAACUAUGUACUCAAAGCUUGAUGAUUUGGAAGCUGCAUUCUCCUUAUUUGCAGAAUUGCAGGAAAAGCACUUAACCUCUUGGAACUCGGUUAUAUCAGGGUGCGUACAAGCUGGAAGGGGAAAUGAAGCUUUGCAGUUCUUCGACCAAAUGAAAGCAUCCGGCCAAGAUCCAGAUUCCAUCACUAUAGCCUGCUUACUUACCGCGUGCUCCCAACUCGGAUGCUUGAAACUUGGUAAAAAGUUCCACAACUAUAUUGUUAAAAACACAUUCGAGGUCGAAGAUUUUCUCGGGACAGCUCUCAUCGACAUGUACACCAAAUGUGGAAGCAUAGUGCAAGCAGAGAGAGUGUUCAGCACCCUUCGCCACCAACCUUGUCGUGCCAUGUGGAACACUAUGAUCUCAGGCUACAGCUGGUACGGGUUUGAACAUGAGGCUCUACAUUGUUACUCCAAGAUGCUAGAACAAGGAUUAGAACCCGACCGAAUAACAUUCCUGGGAGUACUAGCUGCUUGCACCCAUGGUGGGUUAGUUCAUGAAGGGAAGAAGUACUUCCGAGUCAUGACAGAACAAUUCUGUAUCGCACCCGAUUUGCAACAUUAUGCUUGCAUGGUUGGUCUCCUCGGUCGAGCUGGUUUGUUCGAUGAAGCGUUGUUGUGUAUCGAGGAGAUGGAUAUUGAGCCUGACUCUGCAGUGUGGGGAGCGCUGCUGGCAGCUUGUUGCUUGCACCACAAGGUUAGGGUUGGAGAGUACUUGGCCAAGAAGAUGUUCCUUCUUGAUCAAGGAAACGGUGGGCUUUACGUUCUGAUGUCGAAUCUAUACGCCGCCGUAGAGAGGUGGGAUGACGUGGCGAGGGUGAGGGAACUGAUGAGGGAAAUGGGAGGUGAUGGUUGUUCAGGGGUUAGCCAAAUUGAGUAA